AAACGUUUUCAUAGUAAUUUUGUUAUGAGCACAAAGAGUACUUUCAAUAUAUCAACAACGAUUCAAAUGUUUUUACCAUAUUUAUCAAAGGUAAAAACUUUCUUCGGAUGAUAAUAAUUUUUGUUCUAGUCAAUACAUCGUGCCGUGACAGCAAUAUUCAAGCUAACAAAGGAACUCCGAAGUCCCCGGAUGGUAAAAAAUGUUUCGUUGCCGGUGUCUACCUGAGGGUAUCCCCGCCACUUCUCUCUAACGGCUCGCAGUAAAAAAUUGUGAACGUCUUACACCUAUUAGUUUUUCAACUUCACUGAUUGUAAUUUACAUAGAACUAUUUUUGAAUUCCGAAUUGUUAUGCUUACCGAUUUUUGUACUACAUGCAGUUAUGGACGCAAAUAAUAAUAACUAGUAGUUAUAUUUAAUGUUUAUGAUUAUAUAAAUGUAAGGUUCGGUAAAAUUCUAGAUUACAUUUAAAGAAACACCUAUUUUAAGUACCUAAGUACGUAUAGAUAAAAAAUUAGUAGAACCACAAAACGUACUGCGUAACUCAAAAAAGUAGACCCCGUUAAGCUAUGGAGGAGACAGAGAAUAAACUACAAGAAAAUGCUGCCAACGCUGCUUUAUCGCAAGCCAAUGAGACACCAGAAACUGGUGGAGAACCUAUGUCACAUAUGGUAAGUCACAAUAAAAUGCUGACGCGACAGCAAAAACGCAAGCUUGCUAACAUUCUUCAGAGUCAAGACUCUGAAUCGAAAGACGAACGAGAACAACAUAUAGAUCAUAUUCAUAAAGGAUUUACUAAUGAAUCAAUUGAGCACCGUGAGCACCGGCUUGGCUUGAUCCGUGACCGUCUAGCUAAUGAAACACCUGAACAACGGGAAAAUAGACUAGGGCUAAUUCGUAAACGACUUUCUAAUGAAACACAUGAGCAGCGUGAGCACCGGCUUGGCUUGAUCCGUGACCGUCUAGCAAACGAAACUCCUGAGCAGCGUGAGCACCGGCUUGGCUUGAUCCGUGACCGUCUAGCGAACGAAACUCCUGAGCAGCGUGAGCACCGGCUUGGCUUAAUCUGUGUCCGUCUAGCAAGUGAAACUUCUGAGCAGCGCGAACAUCGACUAGGAGUAAUUCGUAAACGACUUGCUAAUGAAACUCCCGAGCGGCGUGAACAUCGACUUGGACUUGUUCGUAAACGGCUUGCAAAUGAAACACCUGAGCAGCGCGAACAUCGACUUGGACUUAUUCGUAAACGGCUUGCAAAUGAAACACCAGAGCGACGAGAACAUCGACUAAGCCUAAUUCGUAAACGACUUGCUAAUGAGACGCCUGAGCAGCGAGAACGUAGAUUAUCCCUAAAUCGUGAACGUCGUGCUAAAAAAGCUGCUAAAACUAGAACAGAAGUAGACUCAAACUAUUUACAUACUUUCAAUUCUCUAUAAUACUAUAGUAUAUAAUAUUAUGACCCUAAUGUAAAUAUUUUCAUAGUUUCGUUCUUCGUCUUUUAGCACAAUAAAUUUCUUUUUUGUCAUUUCUGGUGGAACACCUAGGAGAUCUAAGUUGAACUCAGCAGGUUCGAUGGGGUGCGUUCUGUUUUUUAUGGUUGAUAACUAAUUUUAUUGAUGCUACCUCCGUAAAUUCUCCGGGAAAAAAGGACAACUGGCAGAGCCAAAUCUAUAGUUUUUGGAGAAAACCUCUUUUUUAAUGAAGCUGCAGACAGACUUUGAA